AUGUCUCCCGAAGAAAUUUAUGAUAACUAUAAUCCAGGUCCGACAAAUCCAGACGGUUCUGUUAAUUUUGAAUGUCAUUGUGUUUCACAUAUUGUUGCUAGCCCUUGUGGAUAUGAUUUUAGAAAAGCAAUGACAUGCCAAAAAUCUGCAAGUGAAAAAGAAUUGGAGGAGGGGGCGUGUGGAGAAGAAUUUAUGAAAUUUUUGGAAUGUGUCAUGUCGACUGGUUGUUUUAGAAGGACUCCAGAAGAAGAGUUAAACUCAAAGAAGGAUAUUGACUGA